AUGACCGCCGCCGCCGUUUCCGAGCUCCGCCUCUCGUACGUGUCGUCGUCCCUCGCGCGCGAUCGAAAUGGAAAGCUUUCCAGCGUUGGCGCGACCGUGUCCGUUUUCUCCUCCUCCUUCUCCUUCGUCCUCGAGCCGUGCCGAGCAGAGCCGUGCAGGCCUCCGCCGGCGUCCACGCCGGCCAUCCUCGCCACCCCGCUCGAUUCUCCGCGCCCCAAGCCGCACCACCUCGCCCUCCACCUCCACCACCCCUCCCUGAGCCCGUUCGUGCCGCACGCCGGCCGAAUCAAGCUCCCGACAGCCGUGCCGCCAUUGCCGUCAUCCCCGAGCUCCGCCCCUCUCUGUCGAACCCCCAUCUCCGCCCAAAUCAAGCCCUUGGUGAGCUCGGUCGCGCUCUCCUCUCCCUUCCCGACCCCUUCCCCGGCCGAAUCUCGCGCCACCGCCGCCGCAGCACCGCCGCGCCGCCAUGGUCGCGCUGCCCCCACUGCGCGCACGCCGCGGGGCCGCCCUGCGCUGGCCCGCGAGCUGCUGCCGCGCGCACUGCAGCCGCCAGCCCCCGCGGACCAUGACCCCGCCGCCUGUCCCGCCAAAAGGCUCCGGCGCUGGCGGAACGCCGCCGCCGACGCCGUGCCAUCGCUCCGGCCCGCGUGCGCCGCCGCCGACGCCGUGCGCACCCCUGCGCCCCAGCCCUGCGCGCGCGCCCCCGCACCCUCGGGCCGCCUUGGCCGCGGCUCGGCCCAGCCGCUGGCCGGCCACCGCCGGCGAGGCACGCCGCCGCCGCGGUAG